AUGCCUCCCAGUGGAAACCUUACUGUCUGGCACUGCUGGUGGGUCACAGACCUUCUGGAUUUGAAAUCCAGUAGUCACUGUUUUUCUGAAUCACGGACAGAUCCAACUGAGGGUCUAAUAGCUAAAUCUAGAGAGAAGAAGGAAGUUCUUAAAGACAAGAAACUUGAGCCUUCGAAAGACGAUCAACGAGUUGACAAAACAGAGAAAAAGGAGACUGUAUCCUCUGGUCUGGAAGUAGAUGCUAACAAAAAGGGGGAAGAUGGCAGCAAACUACAAGGGAAUGCAGACAAAGAGACGGGUGAGAAUGAUAAAAAAGUUGAGAAGAAAGAUGAGACUGAAACAGCUGAAGAAGGCAACAGUGUUGAGAAAAAGGAACAGGGAGAAGGUACGGUUGUUCAGUCACCUGGUAAUGUGAAGUCUGGAAAGAAGAAAAUUAUAAAGAAGAUUGUCAAACAGAGGGCUAUUGAAAAGAAAGACAAUAUGGAAAAUAUGACCGAACCAAAUGAAAAACCAGAUACGAAAGACGAUGGAGAAAUUAAUGCCAACAUAGAAGUUACUGGUCAACACAAUGAGUCACCUGCUGAUACUGCUGCUAUUAAAACCUUUAUGAGAAAGAAAGUUUUAAAAAAGGUUCCCGUGGGGAAAAAUUCUCAGAAAGUAGAUGGUGUGCAGCCCGAAGUCAAAACUGUGAAGGAUUCUGAGUGUUCUGAAGAUAAACCACUGGGCGAAUCAGAUUUUGUUAGUGCUGCUAUAAAACAAGAUGCUAGUAUGAAAACAACAGUGAAGAGAAAAAUAAUUAAAAAAGUGCCUAAAAGAAAGGUAGCUGCUGUGGAAUCCCAUGAUGGGGUUCCAGAUAGCAACAAAGAUGGUGAGAAGGAUGAAAAAAAGAUGGUUGAGGCAGGAAAUGAAACAAAAAUGAUUGGGGGGCAAACUGCCGAUGCUGACUAUCUGGUGAGUGAGGUCAAGUCAGUAAAAAAGACAAUCUCUAAAGCACAGUCAAAAACAGCAACUUCUGAGAAGCAAGAUAAUGUGGGUAGCUCGAAUAAACAUGUAAACAAGUCUAACAAGGAAGAGAAAAGGGUUGAUGAGAAAAGUGGUUCUGUUUCCAAAAUGGAUCCUGAGGCUGAGAAACAAAAAGUGUCUCGCAAUAGUGGUCCCAAUGGCAAGAGGGAAAAAUCAAAAGAAAGGGAAAAGUCCAAAGAGGAGAAAGACAAAGAAGACAAGGAUGUAAAAGAUGAGUCCAAGAGCAAAUUGAACAGAGAAGUGAAAGAAAAGAAAAAACCAGAAGAACCUCCUCGGCACCCUGGCUUGUUUAUCCAAACAAAAGGGAGCAAGGAUUCUAAGCUGCGUUCAUUGUCACUUUCACUGGAUUCACUUUUGGACUAUACUGACAAGGAUAUCGAAGAAUCAACAUUUGAGCUUUCCUUAUUUGCAGAAUCCCUAUAUGAAAUGCUUCAGUAUCAGAUGGGUUGCCGUCUUUUGACAUUUCUUCAGAAAUUGCGCAUUAAGUUUGUGAUGGAAAGAAACCAACGGAAAAGACAAAGGGUUGACAUUUCUGACAAGGAAGGUGAAAAGAAAUCAUCAAGAAAGCGCAUGAAAACUGAUGAGACCGUUGUGGAAAUCACAUCUACUAAAACGGAAACACCAAAUGAAGAUGAUGGAAGAACAAUCGUCAAGGAGAAUAAUACUGCAGCCGAUGAGGUGAAGAAGGAAAAGCCUGAAAAUGAAACAGAUGAGGAUGAAGAUCCAGAGGAAGAUCCUGAGGAAGAUGAAGAAAUGCCAGAUGCAAGCCCUCAGCGUGACUCAACCAACGAGGCGCAUACACACACCCCACACUCUCUCUCAUGGGUAAAGGCUGAAGGGGGCACGACUGAUGCAGAUGAUGAGUCUGAAAUGCCGCCUGGGAAGAAGAUGUUAGAACAACAGGGAAUGGCUGAGGAAACUUUAGCGACAAAGAUCAAGUUGGAUGCUGAUAGCAAAUCAAAGGGGGCAAAGGAGGACACAGAGAAGAAAGAAACUGCAUCUGCUGUUGACAAGGAACUGUUGCAGGCUUGUUGCUGAACUUUUUUUGGCCAUCUGCUUUUGGCAUUUUUUCACUAGUUCAUUCCACUCACCAUUUUUUUGUUACCGGCUUUCUUCUUGGAAACAGGCUUUCAGGUUUUUUGACCGAAAUCGAGUGGGCUACAUCAGGGUUGAAGAUAUGAGGUUGAUCAUCCAUAACUUGGGGAAGUUCCUAUCUCACAGGGAUGUCAGGGAACUAGUGCAAAGUGCACUGCUAGAGAGUAACACUGGCAGGGAUGACCGAAUUCUUUACAAUAAGCUGGUGAGGAUGUCUGACAUUUUAGAUGGACUAAAGUGAGGGUGGUGGUGUUGCUUUUCAUUUGAAGGGAUUUCUUAUGGUAUUCUCUUCUAUGGGACUUGGGAAGUUGUAUAGCGAGUCAGGGGUUCAGAUCAUGCUAUUAAAUUUAAACUGUCGGCUUUUUUGAAUUUGUUACUGGUCAAAAUGUUUCGAUGGGGGAUUAAACCUUGUUAUUUGUGAAUGAUUAUUUGGCCUGCCUUUUGUGUCAGAUACUUUGAUCGUAAAACUAAGUAAUGUGUCAAUCCCUGUGCCACUGCCUCUG